CGAGGAGCCAGCACACGCACACACAUGCACUCGCGCUCAGUUGAAGUGUGUAGGGCUGUGCCAAAGUGUCGACGAUUCGUCAUAGCGCUCGGAGCAUUAUUUCCAACUUCCUCGCCUGGCUCUGGUCGAAGAGAAAGGCUCAUCAUCAUGAGAUAAAACAUAAAUCCGUGUGCCGUGUGCCGUGUGUGUGUAUUUUGCUGCGCUGGAAUGGUACAUUGCGUUGAAAGCGUUUAAACGACGGCGCCCUAGCAUUGCCACUGGAAGGAACGGUACUGUGUGUGUGCGUGUGCUGUGUGUGGCUGUUUGUGUUCGUUCGUGUGUUUGUGCGUGAAUCCCCGUGGAAAAAAUAAAAUUUCCAGCACAACCCCGAAAGAUAAGCAAAGCCCCCGUCGUCGCUGUGAGACAGUUUUUCUUUCUGUGGCGUGCGAAUGGUUUUGCCCCUGGAGUGGAGCGUUUCAGUGUAGCGCGAGUGUGUAUGCGUGUCGUGCGUGUGUGUGUGUGCACAGAGAGUGUUUUUUUCCCCAUUUUUCUACUUCCACUUAGCGUGAGACACAACACAAAAGAAGGAAAGCUUUAUGUGUCUAUCAUAGCUCCCGCCCCAGUGAAGGUGCUCCACUCUCGGUGUGAUUCUAUUGUUUUUUCGUAGUUCAUUGUGCACUGGAAGCUCGGGCUCGUUACCAGCGCCAUUACCACCGUGUCACCGUCGUUAGGGAGGGCCCCCGCCGUCGUCGUCCCUGUUCGUCCGUUUUCUUUCUAAACCUCUGCAAGCGCUCGCCCCGAGACACACACUCGCAAGAUGAUUAAAAACAUUUUCGGCAGCAGACGGGCGAAGGAGUCCGAGCGGAACAAGAUCUCCGAGAUCGGGCUGCCGACGAACGUGGUGCACGGGAUGCACGUCAGCAAAAAUCAGCUGACCGGCCACCUGGAGGGCUUGCCGAAACCAUGGAUCCGCAUGAUGGACGCGAUGAUCACGCACGACGAGCAGAGCAAAAAUCCGGAGGCAGCCUACCAGGCGGUAAAGUUUUACAGCUACUCGAUCAAAAAGAAGGACGCGUCGGAACCGUUCAAGCCGUUCAUCACGGAAGAUGCGAUCCACGAGGAAACGGAAUCGAUCGACCAGUUUCUCGACCAGAAGAGCACGCACAAAAGCGAAGACUCGCUGGCCGGCAGCAGCGAGGAGAGUGAAGCCGUCCCGCAGGUGCCCCCGCCCCCACUGCCCAAGAAAAGUAUGACCCUGCCGCCGAAACCGCAGCUGAAACCAAAGCCCAAGAACUACACCAGCAAGGUGUACAAAGGCAUGGACAAUCUGCAUCUGAUCGACCCGGGCAGCAACAGCGACACGAUGAUCAUUCACAACGUGCCCCACCUGACGCACCAAAGUUCCUACGCGAUCUGCACGAACGUGAACAACAACAACAGCCUCGACCAGGAGCCGGAGCUGGCCGAUGCCGAUUUGAUACUGCGACCGAAGGAGAAGCUCGCCCGCCAGCCCAAGAGCGACGAGCAGGUCUAUCACGAGCUGAAGAAGAUCUGCAACCUGAACGAUCCGCUCGAGCGGUACGAGAAGACGGUCGAGGUGGGCAAGGGUGCGUCCGGGGUGGUGUUCAUUGCGCUGGAUCGCAACACCGGCGCCAAGGUGGCGAUCAAAACGAUCGACAUGAAGAACCAAUCGUCCAAGGAGUCGAUCCUGAACGAGAUCAACGUGCUGAAGGACUUCAAUCACAAGAAUCUGGUCAACUUCCUCGAGGCGUACUACCUGGAGGACGUCGACCAGCUGUGGGUCAUACUCGAGUACAUGGACGGCGGUCCCCUGACGGACGUGGUCACCGAGACGGUGAUGAAGGAUCGCCAGAUAGCGGCGGUCUGCCGGGAGGUGCUGCUGGCCGUCAGCUUCCUGCACGCGAAGGGCAUCAUCCAUCGCGACAUCAAGUCGGACAACGUGCUGCUCGGCAUGGACGGUUCGGUGAAGGUGACCGAUUUCGGCUUCUGCGCCAACAUCGAGGGCGACGAGAAGCGGCAAACGAUGGUCGGCACGCCGUACUGGAUGGCGCCGGAGGUGGUGACGCGCAAGCAGUACGGCAAGAAGGUGGACAUCUGGUCGCUCGGCAUCAUGGCGAUCGAGAUGAUCGAGGGCCAGCCGCCGUACCUGAAUCAGGCGCCGCUGCGUGCGCUCUACCUGAUCGCGGCGAACGGCCGGCCGGACAUCAAGAGCUGGGACAAGCUGUCGGACAAUCUGAAGGACUUCCUGGACCGCUGCCUGCAGGUGGAGGUCGACAUGCGCGCCUCGGCGGACGAGCUGCUGCGGCAUCCCUUCCUGCAGGACUGCAUGGAGCUGCGCACGCUAACGCCGCUAAUUAAGGCCGCCCGAAGGUUGCUGAAGCGGGACAACUAAAGGAAGCGAGCGCCAAGCACGCACACAACGUGCCCGCGUGCCUGUGCGCUGGUUGCAGGUAACAGGAGGAGAAGGAUGGGUUGGGUUAGAAAAAACCGGAGAGGGGGGAACCAAGCAAGUCAAAAGUAGGAACAGUUUUGCCGUAUGUGGCUGUGAGAUUUAGUGCCUUUUUUAACCCCGCUCGUGUGAGCGAAGCGAGGGAAAGACGAAGACGAACGAAUGAUUGGGAAACCGGAAAGCAGAACCAGCAAAAGGGGGGGGGGGGGGGGGGGAGGGGAAUGAUAUUGGUGCAAAAUUUGGUUUUGGGGGUGUUUGAUAAAGCAGACAGAAGAAGGGGCGGGAGCGGGGGAGUAUGAGGAGUAAAAACGAACACCCCGCGGCUCAGGGUUGCGCCAUAGCCGCGCGAGACCAACAAAAUCACACCCCACAUAGUCAACGAGCUUAAAGAUAAGGAAAAAGUAGAGCUUACACACUCUAGCAAUGCGCUGAAUCGAGCGCGAGAUCGAAGGGGGAACAUCGAUAGCGGGCAGUGUCAGCGAGGUAGAGAGGCAGGCACUGGAGGAUGGCGAUAAGCACAAACUGCUGUCGAACGUUAGCGAGGGCUCAGCAAGGGGCUCGGGCACUGUGCAACAUGGUUGGCGGCAGCAUUCGAUUCGUGUAUUAGCUCACUGGCGGCGACACAGAACAAUCAAUCAUACAACACGCAUGACCCUUGCAACCACGCAGUGCAUCUAGGGUGAAGGAAGCAGCAGUAUUCUAGGCGAGGACUAUAAGCACCCAGGGGCGCAACACAGGAUCAUUCUCCAUUACAUUCCACUAUUCCGGGCGAAGAAAGUAAAUUCCUUUCCAUCGCGUUUUUUGUUCGGUCGUUUGGUGUAGGAGAACUUUUACACUCCAGCUUCAUUUAAAGGGAACAUUCACUGCCACUUGAUAGUUUGUAGUAAGAUCGUAAAUGUGCAUUACACAGCAUGGAAUGACGUAUUUGUGCGCUUUUUGUAGCGGGCCAAGUGGAACAAUCCCGCUUUAAUAAUGGGAUGGCAUUUUAUGUUGCCUUUUGCGUUCGUGCUCAUGAAAGGAAAUUAUGAAGCGAGACAGCAAAAGAACAUCGCUGUGUCCUUGUCAUACAGCGCCGGCGGGAAGGGGGAAGCGGUCCGACAGAACGAUAAUAAUGUCGCUUGCGAUUAGCCGGAACCGACGGGCUGCUCAAGUCCGUGCCAGUGGGCCGCCGUCGCCGUCGAGGCAAGCAAAUGAAAUAAACCUUCGUUGUGUCUGGUGCGGGGAAACGCAGCAAACCCAUCGCCAGCCCUUCUUGUUCCGUUCCGUUCCGUAACCCCUGGCGGAGAAUGUGUCAUUGUGGAAGUCUCUCGUACCCUCGUACCAGCUCGUGCGCUCGACGGCCUCGGCAAUGAUGACGAUGGCGAGACGGACUGACUGGUGUUGUGCGGUGGUAGCAGUAGACUCUUCCAGCGGUGUCGAUGUCGUCUUCCUGCGCGACCGCGCAAACCCGUAUUGGCGUUGAACUCGACUCGAAGUCACCGAGCAGCGAACCAUCUCAAGCGCGCAGCCUGAUACGCGUGCGAUGAUGCUGAUGGUAUGCAUUGAUGAUGUUGGUGGUGGUUGCGUGCAUCAUUCAUCACUGCUUUGUUGCGAGCAGCAGAACGAGACAGCACGUGCACGUAGACGGCGCUCGCUUGAACGUGCACAGAAAGUGCAUUCGGUCGUCAGUUGCAAGUGCGCUUUGGGCAUCGUGUAGUGUAAGCGAGAGGGAAAACCGGGUGCAGUUAGCGCUCUCUGGUGCUGUUGUUUUCUCUGCACAGUACGGGAAGAGUGUGUGUGGCUGGAAUUAUUCUAUUAAAAUUUACAUCUCAUUGAAGAAAAUCACGUUUGGGUAGCGAGGCGCGGUGCAGGGUUUGGAGAUUUUUGCAGUGAGCAUUCCCCCCCCCCCCUCUUUUGGGCAUUGCCUUUGUCGUGGCGGGGCGCCGGUGUUCAGUACGAAGCGUUCUUGCCUUGUCCCAUUAACACUACGAUGCGAGUUUGUCGCAAAGAGAAGCUAACAGCUAUGAGCUCCUUCGUUUUAGCAGAGGAAACUUGUGUCUUGUGUUGUGUGCGCGCCGUGAAGGCAAAACAAAGCUCCUAAAUCCGGAUGAAGAUGGCACGGGUUUAGCCUUUUGCACUACCGUUCAUCGCACCCGUGUGGACGUCCUAAACGAUCGUAUCGUUGCAGACUCGGCUGCAAACGACGACGUAUCGUGUCGCCAGCUGGAUUGAAAUUCUUCCCAAAAACACACACACACAAGAGCAACGCAUCCGCAACGAGCAUAAUGUGCUACUACCCGCUGCCGCCUGGACGGGCAGACACACGACGACAUGCCUUAUGCCCCUGGGUAGACAUACAUGUGAUGAAGAAAACCCGGCGAACCGAAGCAACAAAAAAAGAGGGAAUUUUUAUGCUCGUUUUAUGUGCGUUAUAAAAAUAAUUUGCCCCUUCACAUAAGUGUUGAUAUAAAUGGACAUUUUCCCUUCGGAGCUACUUACUGCUUCGCUUGUUUUCUCGCAAGCUGUAGUAGAAUAGGCGAAUGUGCAGAUGGAACCUUUUUUACGUAUUGGAUUUAAUAUUUGAAACAUCAGCCGCUCUGGAUACUUGAAUCCUUUAUCAAUUGCGUAAUUGAACAACAAACUGGCAUACUAAACGCCUAUCAUCUACCGGCAAACCUGAUGUUCCAUUUAAAUCUCACGAAACCACCGGCUCCUGCAUGAGAGUGAGAGUGUCGUGACCGUUUGGAAAAGGUAAGAAUAAACCUUCCCGGUUAUACCUAUGACUCAUCGUUAGCGUUUCAUCUAAAAUACCACCAUUAAAACCCACCAACUUUCUUCAACAUACCAGCGCAACAGCGCCGUGUCCACUCAGGGAAGGUGGCGAGGGGGGGGGGGGGGGGGGGGGUUGGACAACCGGCAGGGCCGCCUCGAGACGACGCUUAGCAUGGUUUUUAGCUGUGGUUGUAUUUGUGGAUGAUUCAUCCGCCGAAAGUCCAGCCCUACUAUCGAGUUUGUAACACGAACGGUACACAUGGGCGUGUGCGAUGUCGUCUACCUCAACCCUCUCAAAUGAAUUAAAUCCACAACACUAUUCAGAUCCCCCCCCCCCCACACCCUCGGUAGCAGCAACAACACGCUGAUAAAGAUGUGCACAAUCACGGGUGGAAAGGUUGAAGGUGAGAAAUUCAAUCUUGCCGUGAGGAGGGGGGUUUUGAGCGAUCGGUUUCCCCCAUCUUCUCGUGUUCUUAGAAUAGCGCAUGUGUUGGUGCUUGUGCUGUAAAGAAAUGUAAAUACAAUGUACCGGGGAUGCAAUGCCUACCAAUGUUCAAUUUAUGAGUGAGGGCGCUCGGUUCGAAUAUCGUUUGAACAAGUGGAGGUUAACUGCGGUGGUGGGCCUUGACCGAGAGAACAAUCACCGUGCCACUGUUAGGGAAGGAAAAGAAGAUCAACUUCUGGCUUAUUUCUUUUAUUUGUGUAGAAGUUUUUUUUCUUCUUCUGGUGAAUAAACUGUUCCCUUUUAGGGCCUUUGUUUAGCUUUAAACAAACAAAAUUGCGCGCACACUCUAUCGUCACUGGCCUAACCGGUCCGAUGAUGGCAGGUGAAGAGCGAUUCUUCUUUUUACACCGUUUGCUAGUACAACACAAUUCCAUGGCAUGCUGAUUACAUGGUGCGCUUUGAAAAAACAACAAAAAAACGGUGCUUUAAUGUUUCACGCCUCGCGGCAGCGAUAAUCACAGCGAUCGGUGUACGCCAAGCUGACACCACGUGCUGCGGGGAGGAAGCUACUGUAGCUGUGGUGGAGAGUGUGUGUAAGCACUCGAUGUCUAUCGAAACGGACGGUUACGGCACCGUAUGGCCCUGAUGACGAUGAUGAUGAUGGUGAUGGUGGUACCCGACCCAUUUCCGUCUCAGGAAACCCUCAAAAAGCAGGCGAGAAUCUUUACGGUCGUAGUGUACCCCCGCGUAUCUUGGUGAUGAGAUAAAUUAAUUUGACCUUAUGCUGCUACCUCCACCUCAAUGUGUUGGGUUUCCAGUACUCCCAGAAACACCAACAAAGCUCUCCAAUCGUACUAUUGUAAUAUCGUACCCGGUUGUGUUUCUUUAGGGAGGUCGUCGUGCGGGAUGAAGGAAGUGUCAACCGGGUGUGUAAAUCGGGCAGGAUGAAUUCACACUUCCGGCUUGGCUGAAGUGUUGAUCACGCUCGCACGAAUAAUGCGUUUGUCAUUCCCAGUGGGUGGUACGCACUAUGCAAGACCCUGUACAGUAAGAGCAGUAGGAUGGAUGGGUAAUACAUUUAUUGGCAUGUUUCUUCAAUUUCGUAAAACUACCUCCCUUAACCUGACCAAGCGCGCACCGUGUGUCGAUUUGUGCGAUGCCAUUUAUCAACCGUUAUCAGAUAACACAAGUAUGCAAGCCCCACUUCCCCUUACCGAGCACAACAGGUUACAUACCGUUGCAGCGCAUCCCUUCAGGGAGGGAGUGUCUUUUGACAGUGUGUGGGGCGAGGUGCUAACAAAUGAACUCUCCAUUUCCUUUCGGAAGCACUGCGAGAGGUGUGAGCUACACCUUCCCGCGUAUCACAGCAGAGAGAAUCACGUUGCGUUACGGACACUUCCGGUUGCUUCUUAUCAAUAUGGACGGACAUGAAUUCGCACUCUAAGGAAAGCGAUCUGUUGGGCGGUGGUGUGGACAGUGUUUUAAUCUGAUGCACUGGUGCAUCCUGUGGCAAGACUCUCUUAGUAGAAGGUGGUAGACCCGUGAUGCACGAACCAUGCGUAGCCUUAAUCAAUGAAACACAAUAAUGUUUUAAUAUUGCCGAAGGGCAGCCAUCAUUUGGGCUGGCAGUGUGUGAGGUGCUCAAGCAAGGCUUUGAGCACAUUCCCCGCGGUCAGCGCGCGCAAGUUGAUUGCCUUGAACAGUAUUUGUGGACGCUGCUGCUGCGGGUGUUGGACCACUUUGCAGGGAAGGGGGUUUCCCGAUCGUGCACACUCACACUCACAGCAGCUUGUAAAGCCACACGAGGAAGCCGAAAAACUCCCAACGCCGCAACAAUACACCACGCAACACCAUAUGUAGCACAUGUUUCGCAUAAACGCCAUCGAAAACCCUCCAGAGAGAACUAACAUGAAUCGAAUUGCUAACGUCUUCCGCGUGCCGCCCCUCCCCCCCCCCCCCCCCCCCCCCCCCUCCAGAGUGCCUAGACAUCGCCCGCGUUACAUAUUAGGCCCUGAUAGAGACGUUACGUGCUUUGGCCCCCCGUACGACACAAGAAAAGCAGCCAGCACCACCCUUCACGCAACUGAUACUUGACACUGUACUGAAACACGUGAACUUCUUGCGUCUCUUUUGAAUUGUAAAAACGGAGGAGCGUCUGCAUCUGCAACAUCGUCCAUGUACAGUGUAACACUAUCCCAGGCCAUAUUUAGGGUUUGACGAUCGGAGAAUUACCGUCCAGCAGAUUGUAGUAGGGGCGGUCCAUUUGUUUUGCGUGUGCAUUGAGAAGGUCGGUCGGUCAGCAACCGCCAGAAGGUGGAAAACAUUUGGGAAAAGAAGUAUUGUUUAGGGGUGCGUGUUUGAAUUACUAUUACUACAUUUUGUACAUAGAAGAGGGCCGGAGAGGUAUUGAUUUCCAUUUAAUCGAAAUGCAUCCAUUGUGGGCAAUAAAUCGGCAGCAUGCGUUUCUGUUGCUGUUUUACUAGUGUAAAUAGGUACAUAGGCCCCCUGGCAAACAAACCAUCACAAUCAAUCCAGCCCGACCGAUAACGUAAGGGUACUCUACCUAGGGCACUUACAGCGAGAAAGCUUGCUUCUUUUUUUUAAUUCGUAUCUGAUGGACAAACAUUCGCACCAAUGCGGUAUAUGCUUUUGAAUGCUAUUUGUUUUUUUUUUAAUAUAAAAAGCGCAUGUAUUUUUAUACGUAUUACAAGGUUAAGGAAAGUGUGUGUGUGAGUGUAACCAGGUAGGGGGAAGGAGCCACAUUACAUUACCAAGCGCGCACGUAGCGUCGUGCUGCCAAGCACCACUGCAUAUGUAUCAAGCAUUUAGUAGGAAUGAUGCAGUGAUGAUCUUAGGGGACAUUGAAUUACAACAUUCUUUUGCAGCAUUCGUCGGUGUAAAUGAAAGUGCGAAACGAAUGACGACGAUAGGAUAUUAUUCGGUAUUAGCUAUGGAUGUUUUUGAAGUAUUUUCCUUCUUUCAUUUUUUUUUCAACGAACGUAACAACCGCAACCAUGCACAACCAUUCACACACGUAAAUAGCAUUCGAUACUGGACAUUUUUGUAGUACUUUUUUGGCAAUAUUGUUAAACGUUUUAUGUAUAGAAUAUAGUUUGUGAUAGGACGAUGUA